UGAAUAAUGAAGCUCAUGGCCUUCCAGCCUCCAUGUGAGUCAUUCGGCUCUGUUGAUACCAAUCGAGCGCUCUUCCCCUCUCUGCCUAUUACAUGCAUGUGCGUGUGUUUUGUCCUUCCGCUGUCGCUGGACCGCAGGCCUGAAACCAUCAAGGUGGUCGAGAAGAUUUUGAACGGGCCCGAGACACGGCAGCCUUCACUCAAAAGAUGUCUGGGACUUCGACUAGAUCUGCGACCACACAGUCCGCAAAAAUGAAGAAGGAUGAAUCUUUCCUCGGGAAAUUAGGAGGGACACUGGUGCGGAAGAAAAAGUCUAAAGAAGUGAGUGAUCUCCAUGAGGAAGGGAAGAAGGCCAUUAAUGCUCCCAUGCUUCCCUCGGGAACAGACAUCCAUCCUGAGGACACACUGCUGGAGGAAAAUGCUGAGCGGAUCAUGUUGGACCCAACAUCCAGGGAGAACGCCAAAUUCAAAGACCUACUGAAGGUCCUGAUUGAUUGGAUUAACAGCGAGCUGGAGGAAGAGAGGAUCAUUGUCAAAGACCUGGAGGAAGACUGUUACGAUGGACAAGUGCUGCAGAAGUUAUUUGAAAAACUGUCAGGCAGAAAGCUGAAUGUGGCGGAAGUGACCCAGUCAGAGAUUGGCCAGAAGCAGAAGCUUCAGACGGUGCUGGAGGCUGUCAACGAACUGCUGAGGCCUCAUGGCUGGUCCAUUGAGUGGACUGUUGAUUCUAUCCACUCAAAAAAUCUAGUGGCAAUUGUGCAUCUGCUGGUGGCCCUUGCCAUGCACUACCAGGCCCCCAUCAGGCUGCCUGAGCAUGUCUCUGUGCAGGUGGUGGUGGUCAAGAAACGAGAGGGCAUCCUGCAGACUUCUCUUGUGACCAAAGAGCUGACGAGCACCACAGAGAUGAUGUUGGGUAGAUUUGAGAGGGAUGCAUUUGACACGUUGUUGGAUCAUGCACCAGACAAGCUCAACGUAGUAAAAACGUCUCUCAUCACCUUUGUGAACAAACACCUGAACAAGCUGAACCUUGAAGUUACUGAGCUGGAAUCUCAGUUUGCUGAUGGUGUGUAUCUUGUGCUGUUGAUGGGACUGCUGGAAGACUACUUUGUCCCUCUGUACAACUUCUUCCUCACUCCUGAGAGCUUCGAACAGAAGGUCCACAAUGUGGCGUUUGCCUUUGAGCUGAUGCAGGAUGGAGGCCUGAAGAAACCUAAAGCCAGACCAGAAGAUGUCGUCAACUUGAACCUCAAGUCCACUCUCCGAGUCCUGUACAACCUGUUCACCAACUACAAGAACUCAGAAUGAUGUCUAUCUGUCCCGGCCGAUUUUCAACACAGCACUGCCCUGCUCUUGCACUGAUGUUACGCAUUGCAGUCCGGACACUGAUGAGACCAACGGGGACUGAAGUCAUCAUUAUGUGAGACUUAAAAAAA